CGCUAUAUCGCCACCAUCCAUGCUCAAAUGCAACUCACCAGACAGACGAUGUGGAUUUAACUCGGCACGGCACCGCUCUUCGCGCAAGUUCCGUAUAGCCGCUAUGAACCAUCCAUGGUUUAAACCGGCUUUAAUAAGGUAGGUUGCUCGUCAUUGUCUUUCCUAUCUUGAAUUCAUCUUUCUCUUCCAAUUCAAUUCAAUCCGGUUUACUCAUUGGUGCCUCUUAAUGUGUGAUUUUCGGCGGCAGAGUAAUACUGCACUAUGAGCCUAGAGAAGGAUGGUCUCGGCGUUGAACCACAAGAAACUACGAGGACGCCAAUCUCUCGUGACACCUUGGAAAAGGACUUGGAUGAGAAAACCACAGGAACUCCAUCUCCCAGCGAGUCUAUACCACCAGCAAGCACAGGAUUCCAGCCUGCCAACGACGAGGCCAUAGCCGAAGAUGGGGACCUUGAAGAAUUAACAGCCGUGCGGACUGGACCGCCCUACUCGGUCUUCUCUAAGAAGCAGAAGAAAUAUCUCGUCUUCAUGGUCACAGUGGCGGCUUUCAUAUCGCCAACCUCUGCAAAUAUUUAUUUUCCCGCCCUGAAUCCGCUGGCCAAGGAUCUGAAUGUUUCGGAUGCACUUAUCAACGUGACCAUAACGUCAUUUAUGAUAUUUCAGGGGAUAGCACCUACAUUUAUCGGCGAUCUUGCUGAUAUGGCGGGGAGAAGGCCGGCAUACAUUGUGGCCUCUAUCAUUUAUCUUGGCGCCAAUAUUGGGCUGGCUCUUCAGAACAGCUUUCCAGCGUUGCUAGUAUUGCGUUGCAUACAGAGCGCGGGUAGCAGCGGCGGUAUUGCUUUGGGAUAUGGGGUUGUGGCAGAUAUCUCAACGAGCUCUGAGCGAGGAUCGUAUGUUGGAAUCGUGGGCGCAGGCACCAUGUUGGGUCCCGCACUAGGCCCAGUAAUCGGAGGAAUUCUGGCGCAGUUCCUGGGGUGGAGAUCAAUCUUUUGGUUUUGUUUCAUCUUUUCAGCAGUAUGGCUUGUUCCCUACGUUAUUACCGUUCCAGAGACUGGCCGUAAUGUUGUGGGAAAUGGAUCGGUUCCACCAGUGGGCUGGAAUAUGACCAUCUUGGACUACCUGCGCCAGCGCAAAGAGAUGAAGUCUCAAGAUUCCCUCUCCCGUUCCACCACUGCCAACGAGCGUCGUAGGGCUCAAAAUGAACUUGCCAGUCAUCGCAAACUCAAGUUUCCCAACCCUCUCAAGACGAUCUACAUUAUCGCAGAAAAAGAUGUCGCCUUAGUGCUCUUCUACAACUCUCUUAUCUAUACCGCCUUUUACGACGUUAUAUCCUCGAUGCCUGCAAUGUUCAAGCAGACGUAUGGAUUCAAUGAUCUCGAAAUAGGGCUUUGCUAUCUCCCCUUUGGCGUUGGUUGUGCAGUGACGUCCUUCAUCAACGGAAAGCUCCUUGACAGGAACUACAAGAGAAUCGCCAAACGAAUCGGUUUCGCAAUUGACCGCAAGCACGGGGAUGAUCUGCGCCAUUUUCCAAUAGAAGAGGCGAGACUAGGGACAAUAUGGCCCAUGCUGAGCGUCGGGAUCGUCAGCAUUAUUUGCUAUGGCUGGGCCAUGGAGAAGAAUGCACAUCUUGCUGCUCCUCUUGUUCUCACAUUUUUGAUAGGAUUUUGUGUCAACGGCUCAUUUAAUAUCCUAAGCACUCUAGUGGUGGAUCUGUACCCCCAGAGCCCGGCGACAGCUACAGCGGCGAAUAACCUUGUUAGAUGUUUUAUGGGAGCUGGAGGCACGGGAAUUAUUAAUAUCAUGGUAGAGAAAAUGGGAAGAGGAUGGUGCUUCACUUUCAUUGCAUUGGUUUGCACUGUUACGAUGCCAAUGCUGUUGGCGGAAAUCAAAUGGGGUCCUGGCUGGAGAGAGGAGAGACGGGUGAGGCUGGAUGCCAAAGCUUCAGCAGACCACCAAAAGAGGUUGGAAGAGAGCAAUGACGCUUUGGCAGUUGAAAGUGGUCAGGAAAAGUGAGGAUGGUCGGAAUUAGGCAUAAACAGAUGUAGACAUAGAGAGAAUACCCAUUUCGGUUUGCACUGUUACUAUGCCAGUGCUGUUGGCGGAAAUCAAAUGG